AUGGCAUCGUUGUUUAAAAAUGCUCUUGAACAAGUUGGCCAAUCGCAAAAAAUUGAUGAUGAUAUUAUCGAUAGAUUUAAUCAUCGAUUUACUGUUAUUAUUCUUGUUACAUUUACUGCAUUCGUUAGUGCUAAACAAUUUAUUGGGGAUCCGAUUUCAUGUUGGGCUCCAUCACAUUUCUCAGCAUCUCAGAUAGCUUAUACCAAUAGUAUAUGUUGGCUCAAAGGUACAUAUUAUCUUGAUGUUUAUAGCCAUUUAAUUCCACAUCGUACACAAAAUUCUGAAUUUCGUAUUGCUUAUUAUCAAUAUAUUCCCUAUAUAUUACUUAUAAUGGCAUUGUUUUUCUAUUUACCUCAUAUAGUUUGGCGCAACAUAAGCCGACGUAUUGGUUUUGAUCUUCGUUCAAUAAUUCAAAAUGUAAAACAAGUUUUAAAUACAAAUAUGAAUCAAGUAACAUUGCAAAUUCAUAUAGCUCUUGUAUACAAUUCAUCCAAAUAUGUUGUCGGUGAUAAUAAAACUCGUCGUCGUUUAUUUGACAUAUUGCAAUCUACGCGUGGUCACCGUUGCCAUUUAACUUUAUUAUAUAUAUUUGUUAAGACCUUAUAUAUGGUCAAUUGUUUAUUUCAAUUUUAUUUCUUAAGUGCUAUUCUAUCAUUUCCUUUUCAUACAUUUGGUAUCGAAUGGUUAUCGACAAUAUUCAGAAAAGUUCAUAGCAGAGUGAAUACAGAACCGAAUGAAUCAAAAUGGUUUCCUCGUGUUGUUAUGUGUGAUUUUAUGGUACGACAUCUGGGUUCUAAUCAACAUUGGAUGGCUAUUCAAUGUAAUUUGCCAAUAAAUUUAUUUAACGAAAUUAUAUUUUUAAUUCUUUGGGCAUGGUAUAUACUUCUUAGUAGUCUUACAUGUGUAUCCCUUAUUUUCUGUCUUUGCUUAAUGUAUUCUAAUAUUGGUUGUACAUUUAUUCAUAAAUAUCUUCAUAUGAAUUCACCGAAAUCAAGCAAAGAACAAUGCGAUAACUUCAUUGGAAAUUAUUUAAAAUGGGAUGGCAUACUUGUACUUCGGCUUAUUGCUCACAACACAAAUGAUAUCAUAAUGGCGAAUCUUGUUGGUGCUCUUUUUAAGAUGUAUUUAGAUUCGAAUGAAAAACAAAAUGAUCAAGUGCGAUUGAAUGAACACUAUGAACGUGUUGACGUUUCAUCAGAUUAG